GCUAGAGACUGGCUUAAACGACCUGACACGGCGCUGUGGAAUUUAGUCUCUCCCAGCCUCCUCAAGUCUCCACAGGAAACCAGCGCUGCUCGCUCACCAUCUGCUGUACUGUAAACUAACAGGGGAGAGAAAGAGGCCACUGAACCGUCACUGAGGACCCGACCACCACUAGGACAGCAGUGGGGGAGAGCUGACCGCUCAUAACACCAAGGUGUCCAGAUGCUGAAAACUUCCUGAGAGGGGAAGAUGUAAACCUCCUCACUAAAUUUGGAAGGAAAAGGAUCAAAGGAAAAGACAUGAAGAAAUCACUCCUGGUGUUACUGAUCACACUUGUGCUACCGACGCUCUCGAUUCAAGACAAAGACAAGCGGCAGAAACAUGGCAAAACUGGCUCCGGCUGCCCUCUCAACCCGAGAACCUACAACGGGUGGAGAACCUCCACGGGCUCCAGCUUGGACAACUGCACCAGCAACUUCAGCCAGCCUCCAGAUGAGCUGGAGCUCAGCUCCCAGAAUGCCAAGGAGUACCUGAAGGGCAUCCUGAGCACCAGACUACUGCCCGCGGCCUACGUGCUCAUUAUGGCCGUGGGCAUCCCCUCCAACAUCUUCGUCCUCGCAUGCUUGAGCGGGCGCUCGCGGACCUGCUCGGGCGCCGUGCUCCACCUCAGCCUGGCCACCUCCGAUCUCCUCCUGCUCACGGUGCUGGCCUUCCGCGUGCACUACCACCUCCACGGCAACGACUGGGUGUUUGGCGAAGCUGCCUGCCGCCUGGUCACCGCGUGUUUCUACGGCAACAUCUACUGCUCGGUGCAGGCGCUCAUGUGCAUGAGUGUCAUGCGCUACCUGGCCGUGGCGCGGCCCUUCCUCUACAAGGGCCUGCCUAAGCGUUUCUGCGCCGCGUUGGCCACGGUCAUCGUUUGGCUGGCGUGCGGUGCUGCGAUGGUCCCUGAGCUGCUUGUGCAUCACACCUACCAACUGCGCGGACUGGACAUCACCACCUGCCACGAUGUGCUGCCCUACUCUGAGGAGCCCUACACCUUCCUCAUGCCAUAUCGCCUGGGCAUGAUCGUCACCGGACUGUUGGUGCCAGCAGUGGUCAUCGCCUUUGCGUACGGCUCCAUCGUGCGCCACCUAGGCCGUUCCAGCUGCGACUGGUCACUCUACGUCAGGGCCAGCACCCUCGUCUUCGUCAUCUUCGUCCUCUGCUUCACGCCCAGCGUGGUCAUCCACGUCCUGCACUACAUCAAGCUGUACACGGCCCAGCAGGACCACUUCUACGACUACUACGGCAUGGCUGUGUGCCUGUGCUGUUUCCACAGCUGCCUGGACCCUUUCCUCUCCUACAUCCUGUCCAGGACCACCACCUCCAAGCUGCACGUUGUCACCAUCAGAAAGAAGCCCAGAGGGAUGUCUGUGUUUAUCUGAAUUUCUGGGAAGCCCCAUGGGCGUUUGUCUCUACACGGAUGUGGUGGGACGAUAGGACAACACAAAAUGACCCUAAACAAUGCACGCCUGGGACGGAAACACAGUGUGCUCCACUACUCCUAUAUAUAGGAAACCAAAACAAGCCAGUGCGUUGCAACUGCUUCCGAACAAAAUGGCUGCCUCUCUGGCUGGACUUGAUAUUUUCUCAGGACAGGUUUUAGAAAGCAUAUCAUUUCAGCCUCUACGCCUUCAAUCCUUCUGUCAACAUCCCUUGGACUGUUAACAGGCAACUCUGUAUCCUGAGGCAAAUGUUCUCAUCACUUAAACUUAAUGCGUAUACUUGCAUUGUAAAUAUGUCAGUCUCCUUCAUCGAAUCUGCUAACCUUGUGUGUAUAUGUGUGUGUAUGUGUGUGUGUGUGUGCAUGUGUGUUUGUGUGCAUGCAUGUGUAUAGCUAAUUUCCCUUCACGGGACAAUAAAAUAUAUAUUUUUCAAUCUCUCUAA